GUUAUUAACAAGUAGCUGCAGUCGCUGCCGCUGCCGCAGGACGCUGCCUCAGUCGACGCUGCAGUCGCAGCGCUGCCCGCGAUUCUCUCAAAUUGCAUUGCCCUGCAGUUUAUUAUUAGUUUUGUUAUUAUUUUGCGUAUUCUAAACAAAAACGCAGGCGUACAAAUGCCGCCGUCGCCGCUGAGAGAGAGAGAGAGAGAGAGAGAGUGAUAUGCGGAGAGUGAGCGACAAACACGUGAGAGAGCUACGUCGACUGAGGCAGCGGCAGUGACUGCGACAGCGGCGGUAGCAGCAACUUCGGCAUCAAACAGCUCAGCGCAAGGUAAAAUUUCAUUCCGUGGCGAGCAUUCAACGUGAGCGGACGUUUUGAGCGCGUGUGCCGUGCCGCAGAUAACGAAACAUCGCAGUGCUAUCACCUAUCACCAACUAGGAAAAAAAAAAUACAAAUCGAAACGAAUCAAAUACAUUACUUCACAGUUAAACGACAACACAAAAAAAAAUCCCCCGCCCAAAAUAAAAUCAAAAUCACAGCAAGUUGAUAAGUGCCAAAACAAAAAUCAAUACCGAUCGCAUACAAUGCAGCGCCCCAGAAAGUGCUCAGAACUGUGCUGAACAAAAAAAAGAAAACAAACAACAAAAAUCUAUUUUUAAUUCAUAUAUAUUUAAAUAUAUAUAUCUAUGUGUAAUCGAAUCGAAAAUGGCAGCCGAACAAAUCGCUAAAAUGGCAGCUAAAGCCGGAGAAGCUACAAAUAAAUGGAUUAAGACCCAGCAGACAGCAACGUCGCUGUUAACGAUUGUGCUGCUCUUGGCCACAUUUAGUCAGCUGCCAACUGCGAAUGGCAGCAGCAGCAGCAGUAGCCAGGAUGCUGCCUCCAAUCUGCAGGACAAGGAUCCGCUGCGGGAGACCAGCAUGAACAUGAUCCAGCGCAACUACAUGGUGAUGCACUCGGCCAGCGGAUCCGGCGAUCACAGUCGCUCCCUCAAACGGGCCAUCUUGGCCAACUCGAGCAUCACCUGCAACGAUGGCACCCAUGCCGGCUACUACUUGCGCAAGCAGCCCAGCUCCAAGAAGUGGAUCGUCUUCCUCGAGGGCGGCUGGCACUGCUUCGAUCUGAGGUCAUGUCGCGCCAGGUGGAUGCGACUGCGCCACCUCAUGACCUCCUCGCAGUGGCCCGAAACUAGAGAUGUUGGAGGCAUCCUAUCUCCGCAUCCCGAGGAGAAUCCGUACUGGCACAAUGCCAACCACGUGCUCAUCCCGUACUGCAGCAGUGACUCGUGGUCGGGAACGCGAACGGAGCCGGAUACCCGCGAUCCGGAGAACAGUUGGAGAUUCAUGGGAGCUCUGAUCCUGCGCCAGGUGAUCGCUGAACUGAUUCCCGUGGGACUGGGACGAGUGCCGGGUGGAGAACUGCUCCUUGUGGGCUCCUCCGCCGGUGGUCUGGGUGUAAUGCUCAAUUUGGAUCGCAUUCGGGAUUUCCUGGUCAACGAAAAGAAACUGCAGGUCACUGUGCGAGGUGUGAGUGAUUCGGGUUGGUUCCUGGACAGGGAGCCCUACACGCCGGCGGCCGUGGGCUCCAGCGAGGCAGUGCGUCAGGGCUGGAAACUGUGGCAGGGUUUGCUGCCCGAGGAGUGCACCAAAUCGCAUCCUACGGAGCCCUGGAGGUGCUACUUCGGCUACAGGCUAUAUCCCACAUUGAAAACUCCACUUUUUGUUUUUCAAUGGCUUUUUGAUGAAGCCCAAAUGCGAGCGGAUAAUGUUGGGGCACCGGUGACGCCACAGCAAUGGAACUACAUCCACGAGAUGGGUGGUGCUCUGCGAUCUUCGCUAGACAAUGUGAGCGCAGUGUUUGCGCCCAGUUGCAUUGGACAUGCGGUCCUGUCGAAAAGGGAUUGGGUCAAUAUCAAGAUCGAUGAUAUAUCCCUGCCCUCGGCUUUGCGCUGCUGGGAGCACUCGACGCGCCGUAAGCGGCAUGACAAGCUGAAGCGAUCCACGGAACCAUCGACGGCGGUGUCCCAGCUGCCACAUGCCAAUAACCAAAGACACCAGCGGCAUCGUCAGCGACAGCAGCGCCAGAAGCAGAAUAAUGUGGCCCAAACAGGGGGCCAGGAGCAGCAGCGGAAACACAAUCGUCUUAGCAAAGAGGAGCGCGAGGAGCGGAAGAGAUUGCGGCAGGAGCAGCGGCAAAAGCGAAAACAACGCCGUCGACAGCAGCAGCAGCAGCAGCAGCACAAGAAGGCCAAUGGAGCGCAGGAAAAUAGGAACAAAAAGAACAACAGCCCCAAGUCGAAUAAUGGUAAUCGUAAUCGGGAGCUGAGAAAACAGCGACGUCGUCAGCAAUUGACACCAGAGCAAAAACAGGAGCAACGCAAGCGACGUCGCAAGGCUCAGCAGCAGCAGCAGCAGCAGCAGGAGAAGCAAAUGCAACAGGAGCAGCCAGGAGCAGCUGGAAUCCUGCAGGAGACGGGGGAACCCCAGAAGACACGCGCCUCGAACAACGCCUCCGCCGGGAGCAAGACCAAAAAACGCCCCCGAGUUCCAAGAGUGCCGGAAAAGUGCGGAUUGCGACUCCUCGAGCGCUGCAGUUGGCCGCAGUGCAAUCACUCCUGUCCCACGCUCACGAAUCCCAUGACCGGCGAGGAGAUGCGCUUCCUGGAGCUCCUCACCGCCUUUGGCCUGGACAUCGAGGCGGUGGCCGCCGCCCUGGGCGUCGAUAUGCACACGCUCAACAACAUGGAGCGCACCGAGCUGGUCAACCUGCUCACCCAGCAGGCCAACUAGACUCACCAAAUACCCUGUAAAUUGGGGUGGAUCCAAAAAAGCAACCAAAAUCGUAGGCGUAAUGUGUAGAUACGUUAAGCUUCUAUCUUAAAAACCACUCACUUUUUUUUAUUGAAAAACCUUUAGCUUGGUGUCCAUUAUCAAAUUAGUUAAAGCUAGUAAAUAUUCAAUUUAAUCAAUCAAUUCAAUCUUUGUAAAAAUCAAAGAUCAUUAGAUCUAGACACCAUUGAGUUAAACAAUUUUAUUAAUUAGAUUUGAUUUUUUUUAACAUAAAUUUCUAAUAAUUUCAAAAUAAUUUAAUAGGAAUUGAUUUUUUUAAACACUUAAUUUCGUUACCACAAAAUGAGACAUCAAAAAACACUAAGGAUAUACGAAUUUUAUAACUCCAUAAAAUGUACCCUACGAUUUGUAAGCUUUUUGGGGGUCCAAAUAGAACUCGACCCGCCCUACUGUAAAUAGGUGGCCUGUAUAUAUAGUUUGUAGGUGGGGCCGCUCUGUAAAUAUUGCAUAACACCACCCCCAAAACACACACACUCACAUUAGCGGAGAGAUAACUCCAAUUCCUAGAACACACCAAGAAAAAGACAUGCGCAUAGUACCCAGUAAUUAAGCAGAAUUUAUUUAUAGUCCUACUCGAACUGCAACUCGUAAACGUAAACGUAAACGUAAACGUAAACGUAAACGUAAACGUAAACGUAAACGUAUUCGUAUUCACAUUCACAUUCGCACGCCACAUAUUUAUUCAUUCGCAUUCUGCAAUCACAAUCACAGAAAUGAAAUCUGCUUAACGAGAAACUAAACACAAAUGCAACCACAAGACUGUUUUUAUGUUUUUUUAUACAUAUAUAAAUAAAUAUAGAUUGAUAAUGAGUAGCAUAGUUUACAUGGAUAUGCUUAAUAAUCGUAAAAGUUUAUGUAAUUUAUUUGAUAAUUUAUGGCCCAUUUAGGAUUGUACUCUUGUGUGGAAUCUAGACUGUUUCAAUUGCCCCACACAGUGUUUAUUUUUUUUUAUUUUUUUUAUACAUUGUUUUAUACCUACCUCAGAUCAGUAAGAAUGAAAUUGAUUAACUGCUGCCUUCACAUAUCAUUGCGUACCUGUGCAACGAAAAUCAAAUACUUAACUUAAUACCGCCCGCAUUCCGUUAAAAAAAAAGAAGAA